AUGACGGCUCCGAAGAAAACCCGCCGCUUUUUCCCGCGCUUCCUCGCGUCUAACGAGAACCGUGACACUCGAUUACUCCCCGUGACGUCGCUCUCCGCUCGCACCUCUUUAGAGAGCCGGCGGCCGCCUCCUCUCUCUUCCUCCACCAACCGCCGAAGGUCGAACACUCACGCUGCUGCUUUCACCCACAGCACGAGGGCAGACAACCAGGCGCUCUUCCAGCAAGCUAGCAGCAUGGGCGACGACAAAGACCCUCCGCGUGUUAAGGGCCGAGCCGACCCUGCUACUGAUUCACCGAAAGCACGCGAGGAUACGGCGCCGCCGAUCCCUCCGAUUCCUGCCAUGUACACCAUGCCGUCAAACAUCGGAUCGUCUACUAGCGAGCCUCCCCAGCGCAAGCCGCCCGCGAUCGAGGCCCUAUCAGACAAGGCUUUACCGAGCAUUCCACCCAUCGAGUCUGAUGAGCGAUUUCAGCCGGAUCGACCUGUUCCUCCAACGCCGGACCGUCUGCGGAAGCCCUCAAUCGCGUCGUCUGCUACAAGCGACGAUGCCCAUCCGUACGAACAGUUUUCAGGCUCUGAUUGUGCCGCAAAUGAGAAAUUGUUGUCGGACAGACAAGGCCUCAAGCAGACGCUCUCCAACCUCGACGUACCGCCGCCACAGCAGCGCAAUGCAUCAGCCCCAUCCUCGAACUAUCUCGCAGUCCCCCGAAGUUUAUUCCCAAGCCACUCCUCAAACAUGCUCGCGCGUCCACUUCAGACUGGCAAUGGCUUCGAUCCCCCGGACAAUCGCAUUACAGCCAUGCCACGCGCAUCCUCUACUGCAAACCUCUCGCGCAGUCUCAUAGCUGGAAUGAAGAAUCUGCUCACAGGAACCAAGGACAAGGAUAAGAGGAAGACAAUGGCCAUACCAGCAAUCACUUCUCCCAUGCCACCCCAGACGAGCCCUAAAGCUCAGCAGUUCUUCCAUGGAACUCAGCCAAACCGUGUCAAGCAUCUACCGUCUGAGUUUUCCGACGACGAAGACGAUGAGGACUACCACAACAUGGCAUCGUCGCAGAAAAAUCGAAGGUCGGUCUCCACUAACGACCUACCGGGUACCAUCUUCAAGCAGCGAAACAAGGACAAGGCGAUUCGGAGAAUUUCACCAGAUGCAGAAGCGUUGGACCUCGCCGGUACCUCUUAUGGCCACGCCACUCUCGCGGACGUCGGCGGCAGCGGUCGUCUGCUUCAACGUAAUCUCAGUCUUGGACAUGGAAAUGGCAAGGCUCAUCUACCGCCUCCAGAAUUCAAUAUCAACGUGCCUUCGUCGGAUCCCUCCAAGAAAGGUUUCCGCGACUCUACCAUGCUAGACAUCACAUCUGGUCCUUCUUCAGACUCAUUUCAACUGAACGCGCGUGAUCCAACCAUAGCUGAAAUGGUUGCUGGCUCUUCAAGCCAGCCAAAGAUGCGAGGCUCAACGAACCGCAAAUUCAAGAUGAGCACCUCACCAGAUCCAGCUCGACCCCGCACUCGCGAUCCUACCGCGCCUGAUAUCGUUGUGGGCCCAUCGCCGUAUUCCACGCCGCAUCCCACUCGACCAAUGAUGGGGAUGCUUAAUCCCACCCGACCGCAUAUGCGCGACCCUACCGCGCCCGACAUCAUUGUGGGUUCUUCGCCGUAUCCGGACGUGGCAAUGCUUAAUGCAGCUCUGGGCAAUCUUGGUUUCGGGGCACCCCCUACUUGCAUUCCAGGCCCUCGCCCUGCAUUUAGGCAUCCAGGAGCGCGUGCUCCACUGGACACCCCGAAGCCACAAGGAAUUGGCAUGAGGCCUCUUGCGGGGCUGAAUAUGCUGCCAAACGUUAUGGAAUUCGCUGAGCCUCCCCAGUGGUAUCUCGACAGUCGUAAGGAGGCCGUAGACACCCCAAAGCCCCCGCCAGAAUCUAGAAUGACUUCGCCUGAAUCAGGAGUGACCGCUACCGAGGAAGCGGAAGACAGCGGUAACGACUACGAAGCAGCCUCUAAUUCAAGCACCCUGAGCGAGCUCCCUGGAACGCAGUCGACUCCUCGAAGCGCCUACGACAUGUCAAGGCGGCGCGGAUUCAUGGCCAACCAGCGCCCGAUGUCGACGGUUGAGGAAGAGCAGAAGCGCAACUCAGACUCGACCAGACGGAGCUCCGUCGACUUGGCGUCGCUGGUGGCAAAAGCAGAGCACAAGCGCGUCAAAUCAGAGCCCAUGACGACGUCGCCGCUGCAGGAGACUACAGAUGAGGACGAGGACGAGGACGAUUUGGAGGAGGGGGAGGAGAGUUGUGCCUACCCAGACCGGUUUGACGACCCGCCACUGUCAGCCUACCACUUCUUCGAUUCAGAGGGUGAGGUUGUUGCUGUUGAGGAGAGGGCCCUAGAUCGGGAGGAGGAUUAGGGG